UUGGUGAGGAGGAGGAGGAGGAGGGGGGGAUUCCAGUCUGAAUCUGCGCUGGCACAGAGCUAGGAGCUGGGAGAGAGCGAGUGUGCUACCCAGAGGGAUGUAACCGAAUGAGAGAGGCUCCAACAGGCAGAGAGAGGAGAGACAGAGAGAGCAAGAGGCAGGGGAAGAGGAGGAAGAAGAAAAAAAAAGCAGAAUGAAGAGGGCACCAUCGGAAGGAUUGCUUUUCCAGGGAACAUCUAGAAGUGGAGAGCUCUAAGAUAUGAUCCAGCCAGAUCUCACAGUGGGUUAAUAGUACUAUGAUUUGGUAUGUGGCCACUUUGCUAGCGGGUGUAAUCAGCACUGGAGGAUCGGCAGCUCAAGGUGCCCACAGUGUAAGGGAGGAGCCUCAGUUUGUGACUGCCCGUGCUGGUGACAGUGUGAUUCUGGGAUGUGAUGUGGUGCACCCAGUGACAGGACAACAACCCCCUUAUGUGGUAGAGUGGUUUAAGUUUGGAGUUCCCAUCCCGAUAUUCAUCAAAUUUGGCUUCUAUCCUCCUCAUGUGGACCCUGAAUAUGCAGGCCGUGCCAGUCUGUAUGACAAGGCUUCUUUGCGAAUUGACCAGCUCCACUCGGAGGACCAAGGAUGGUAUGAAUGCAAAGUGCUCAUGUUGGAUCAGCAAUAUGACACAUUUCAUAAUGGCAGCUGGGUGUAUGUCACAGUAAAUGCUCCCCCUACUUUCACGGAAACUCCUUCACCCUAUGUGGAAGCAAAGGAAGGAAGUAGCAUCACUCUCACAUGCACAGCAUUUGGAAACCCGAAACCUGUUGUUAGUUGGCUGCGGGACAAAGUAUUGCUGGAGAACUCUCGGAAAUACACGGUGAGCGAUGGAAGUCUUACCAUUUCAUCGGUGGGCCGGAAUGACAGAGGGCCCUAUACGUGUCGGGCCUACAGUAUUCAGGGAGAAGCUGUUCACACCACUCGAUUAUUGGUUCAAGGGCCACCCUUCAUCAUCUCUCCGCCUGAAAAUAUCACAGUAAAUAUAUCCCAAGAUGCCCUCUUCACCUGUCAGGCAGAAGCUUAUCCUGGCAACUUGACGUACACUUGGUUCUGGGAGGAAGAGAACGUCUUCUUCAAAAACGAUCUGAAGCUGAGGGUACGAAUUUUGAUUGAUGGAACUUUGAUCAUCUUCCGAGUCAAGCCUGAGGAUGCUGGAAAAUACACCUGUGUACCUAGUAACAGCCUUGGGCGUUCUCCUUCAGCCUCGUCCUACUUGACAGUCCAGUAUCCGGCACGAGUUGUCAACAUGCCUCCCAUCAUUUACCUGCCAGUUGGGAUGCCUGGAUAUAUCAAGUGCCCAGUGGAUGCAGAUCCACCAGCAACACAAGUCAAGUGGACCAAAGAUGGACGACCACUACGGAUUGAAAAGUUUCAAGGUUGGAAUUUGCUAAGUGAUGGGACCAUUACACUGGAAGAAGCUACAGAAGAAGCUCUUGGCACUUACGCCUGUGUGCCUUACAAUACUCUAGGUACUAUGGGACAGUCUACCCCUGCUCGACUGGUGCUUAAGGAUCCUCCUUACUUUACGGUGCUACCAGGCUGGGAGUAUCGGCAGGAAGUAGGCCGAGAACUGGUCAUUCCAUGUGCUGCUGCAGGUGAUCCAUUCCCAAUAAUCUCCUGGAGGAAGGUAGGAAAGCCCAGUAAAAGCAAGCACAACAUCCUUCCAAGCGGCAGCUUGCAAUUCAAAGCACUCAGCAAAGAAGACCAUGGACAAUGGGAAUGUGUCGCCACUAAUGUUGUCACAAACAUCACUGCCAGCACACAUCUGACUGUAAUCGGCACAAGUCCACAUGCUCCAACCAAUGUUAGAGUCACAGCCACGAUGACCUCUGCUAAUGCCUCCUGGGACCCAGGUUAUGAUGGUGGAUAUGAGCAGACAUUCACAGUCUGGUAUGGCCCUGUGGUAAAGAGGGCUAUGCUGGGACCCCAUGACUGGUUAUCGCUGCCUGUAUCCACAGGCCUUACCUGGCUGCUGGUGGAGGGCCUGGAGCCUGAGACCGCAUACCAGUUCAGUGUGCUAGCACAGAACAAACUGGGCACUGGGCCCUUCAGUGAAGUCAUCACUGUGAACACACUGGCGUUUCCUGUUACAACCCGAGAACCACCGGUGCUGCUUUCUCCACCAAGGUGCCUAACAGCCAAUCGAACACACCAAGGAGUGUUACUGUCUUGGCUCUCACCGGCCAACCACAGCUAUCCUAUCGAUCAUUAUAUCAUGGAAUUCCGUCUGGGAGAAAGGUGGGAGAUUCUAGAUGAAGCAAUACCAGGGACUGAAACUGAACUGUUAACCAAGGAGUUAUCUCUGGACUCCUGGUAUGAAUUUCGUGUAAUGGCUGUCAUGCAGGACCUGAUCAGUGAGCCAAGUAAUGUAGUCGGGGUUUCUAGUUCAGAUAUCUUUCCACCACCUGAAGUGCCCGAGGAAGGCCUGGCCCGUCCAGUUGUGGCUGGGAUUGUCGCCACUAUCUGCUUCUUAGCGGCAGCUAUUUUAUUCAGUACCUUGGCUGCUUGCUUUGUUAACAGGCAGCGGAAGCGGAAGAAUAAGAGAAAGAGGGAUCCUCCGCUGUCUAUAACACACUGCCGAAAGAGUGUGGAAUCACCAUCUUCCUCAGGAAAGGUGAGUCCUGAAAGCAUCAGAACACUGCGAGCUCCAUCAGACUCCUCUGAAGAUGCCCAAGCCAUACAUGCCAAGAUGAUGAGUCCUGGCAGAGAAAGGGAAAUGUCCCUGUACAAAAAGACAAAGCGAGCAAUAACCAGCAGGAAAUACAGUGUCUCCAAGCAUGAGGCUGAGGCUGAUGUAUCUACACCCAUCGAACUUAUCAGCAGAGGCCCUGAUGGACGCUUCAUCAUGGAUCCCACAGAGAUGGAGACAUCAUUGAAGACGAGGAGGAUUGAGGGCUUUCCUUUUGCAGAAGAGACUGACACCUACCCUGAGUUCCGGCAAUCGGACGAAGAAAACAAUGAGACUCUAACUCCAACUGCCAUAAUGGGCUUGAAGUCUCAGCUCUCCCCUCUCUCAUCAAGUCAAGAGUCAUACUUACAGCCACCAGCAUAUAGCCCAUCAUUCCAGAAAACAGACGAAAGCAUGGGAGGCUUAGAUGCAAGGCUGCAGGCCACCGGUCAGAUCAGGCGACCUGCUAAAGGUUACCCUCCAAGCCAGUUUUAUGGUUAUCUCAGCAGUAGCUCUGCAGACCAAGACAGUCAGCCAUUUUACAUGCCAGAUAUCAGUCCCCUUAGUUCAGUGAUGUCUUCACCUCUAUUACUUACUGAAGGACCCUUUGGUCACCCCACCCUCCCUGCAGAUCAAGGAGAUACUGAAAUACAGCACUUGGUUGCUUCCAGUAGCACUCUGCCUUUGACUCACACGCCAACUACUAUGCGGUCUCCUGAACCAUGGAGAAGGAAGGAAUUGUCAAUCAGCAGCAUUGAAAGCUCUCCAGUUAUCUUUUCACACCAACAAGAUACACCUGAGAGUACACUGCCAAAGGCUGGUCUUCCAAGGGGUGGCCCCCCUUCCUCACUCCAGGUCCCAGCACCAUACCACAGUGUGCUGCAACUGGAGGCACCAAAGAGUCGGACUGGCAAACCUCCCAGCAAAACAAGCGGAUCAGUCUCCCUCUCUCAAAAACAUCCACAUCAACCUAUGCAACAGAGUCAUGGGCAGCUAAAGCAUACCAGCCAUGGUAUAAGUGCACCUACAUUGCCUUACACUGAAUCAGCCAAACAGGCUGGUCCUAGUGGCACAAGCACAUUCAGCCUGGACACCAGGUGGUACGAACCUAGACCCAGGCCCAGACCCAGCCCUAGACAAGGCAGAAGGACUGAGGCCAGUUUACACCAGGUGGUUCUACAGCCUUCCCGGCUCUCCCCUUUGACUCAGAGUCCUAUGAGUUCCCAUCAUGCCUCCCCAGAGAUUUCAUCCCGUCCACGGCCUCGGCCCAGUUUGCAGCCCUCCCGUGGCAUCUUUCCUGCAGGUAUCUCUAUGGAGAUGUCUGAAAUUACCCUGCAGCCUCCUGCUGUUGUUAGCUUAUCCAGAAGGUCCUCUCCGUCCUCCUCACCAGCACAAAGCAGCACUGCUGGCCAGGGCAGCAGACGAGGAAGCCCCAGUUAUAGACCUCACAUGGCACUGACACCUUCUACAGGCAGCUACACAGGAUCACCUUCUCCUGCAGCAGAACGCAGCGAGUUUUAUAGUCAGAUCCCUAGCCAAAGGAGGAGAGGUGAAGAAAUUCCUCCUUUUGAACACCCACCUUCACACUUAUCUACUUCAGGGAGGCCUCCAGAUACACAUGGUGCGGCUGCUGUACCUGAGAGUUUCGAAGUACUGAGAUACCCACGAGUGCGAAAGCCCAAGAAAGCACUGCAGCUCACUUCAAAGGCACGACAAAAAAACAGUUUUCCAAUCUCACAGGUCCAGCAGCCCGGUGAAUCUCAGGUUCUCCAGCCCCAAGGCAUUCUCUACCUCCAGAAGAAGAAGAGACACUCCCGUCAGGACCCUUAUGCUUAUUUUUCUGCCAUGAAAGAAGAGUUUCACAAGUACAGACACCAGCCUGAGGACGAAAUGGCCAUUCUAAAUCACGUAGAUCAUGAAGAACACCAGGGGCAGGCAACGCAGCUCUAGUUAUAAUUAUUAGUUGUGACAAGAUACUUGACAAGAUUUGUAAAUCUGUGUACAGAAUGUGUUUCCUGCUCAAAAAGGUCAAGUACAGACUCUGUGGUAGAAAUUAGCUUUGUGGUCUCAGUUGUGCAAACAGCAGUGCGACAGUGCUAUAUUCUUAGCUACCUACCCCACAACUAAAAGUAACCACCCCAUAUUCGUAUAUAUCCCUCGAAAGGAUUACUUAAAGGGUGGCAAUGUUUUGUUUCACCAAUCUACUUCGUUUAACUGCUUGAAAAAGAAAUGGUGUGAAGAAACAUGUAGUUUGUAAUAAUUUUGUUUUGCCAAGUCUAUAAUAACACUUCUAACUGGGGAACAUUUAUCUGUCCAUCAGUGUCCCCUCCAAAAUAAUUUCUUAACAGUAAAGUGACAGAGCAGUCAAUAAUGACUUAUAAAUUAAGCUGAGAUGAUAAACUUGUUUCGACAGAUUUUCCUGCUCUAUGAUGUCUCAGUUUCUGACAGGUAUAUAUGCUCCAUCUCCAUCUGCCACUUAAGAUGGCACCAUGUCAGAUGCUGAAUUUAUUGCUUUUGUACAGCGUAUGAGAACAAUGAGUAAUGCUUCAUUUGUAGUAAGAUUUGGAAUGAAAGUUGAGAGUACUGAAUGGCACAUGCCUGCUAUGGUUUAUAAUGCUCUUUUCCCCCCUUAUAUGUUUUCUGCUGAAAAGCCCAAGGACCUAUUUUGUUAGUCUCCAUUCAUUAUCGUGGGUUUGCGAAAAUUGUCAUUGAACUGCUCCAAAGUGGCUUCAACUUUGAGAUUUUAAGCUUUCUUUUGCUCUGUUGAUCAACAACAUAGUUUUUGUUCUUGCAUAUCGGGUGGAUGAAUCAAACUUAUUUUACAAGAUGUCUACCCAAGUACUGGAAAUUCAUUCAAGGAGCAUUCAGUUAUGUGUAGGUAAGCUGAUGAAUGGAAUGAUUUGGUUACCUUGUUCAAGAUGGUGUUAAGACUAUUACACCAACUAAAACAAGACUAACAAUCAUAUCUGUUAAAGUAUUCUUCUGGUUUUUCCUUGCUUUCAGCAAUGGAUUAACCCAUUGGCUUUCUCUGUUAUGUCAGUCAAUUUCCUUUUUCAUAUCUGGUAGUUUUUACCAGAAAUGUUUGUUGUCAGAGUCAAAUGAUCAUAAAUGGGUGAAUUCAAUCUUUUCACUUAUUCAUGCACUUACAAAGCUCUGUAAACAUUCUUCACACAUUCAUACUGGCAAUAAAGUAGUUUUUUUUUUAUCCAUGCAUCUGAGUAUAUCACUGGGAUAGUAGAUCCCUGCAUAGAUCCUGUGUCAGGUUCAUCACAUGAUGGUAUUCCUUGAGAGAGCUAAUUUCUGUGUAUUAGGAACUGGUAAUCAAUCUGACUAUUUAUGUUCAGUUUUUAUUAGCCUUGCUAAUAAUCUGUCCUUAAGACUAUUGUCAUUAUCAGUGCCUGUUCAUCAGAAAGACAUAAUCCAAUGGGUUAUUUGUCUUUCAAUAUCCAAUCAGAAGAUUGAUUUAUUUGAAAGAAAUUGAUUGAAAAUAGCAAAUCAAAAAUGAUUCAAUGUUGCAAGACUGAAUCUCCUUAAACUGACUAGACUUUGCAUGUUUGAUAGCUGAUUGGAUAUUCCAAAAGCAAAAUUAACCUAGUAUUCAGGCAUAAAUUAGUAAAAUAUGAAUGUAAUAUCGUUAUUGUCAUGGUUAAUUAGGCAUUUUAUAAACUAACAGGAAGUAAACUGUACUACAUUAAUAGAUCUUAUCCUUAAAUAUUGAGGAGAAAAUGAAGUGAGGAAAGAUGUAGAGGCAGUAAAAUGAAAUAUUACAAUGGCCAAAAUUCAUUUUUACUUGCCUUCUACCAGAUUUUAGUAAUACGUAUACUUAUUAAUGCAUAAUGACCUCUAAACCUUUGUAAAUUUUUACUGAUGGGCAGCUUUGGCUAGCUGCAACCUUACCUUCUUCAUUACACUGCCUUUCCCUUUUUGGGCAUUUCAUAAUGUGAAUAAAAUUAGCAUCAAACUGAUGCAAUCCAACAGAAUUUCAGCAAAAUCCAAAAACAGUAAAAAGGAAUUUUCAGUCUGUAACUUGAUGUUAUAUUAGGAUUCAUGCCUAAUAAGCAUCACCCGAUAUUUUAGAACCUUUUAAUAUCAAAUUACAUCAUUUUCUCUAAACAAUUCUCACCAAAUCUUGUGAUUUGUGUAAUCACUGCAAAAACCCACUUGACGUGAAAUUAAGUAGCUUUGGAAUAAUAGUUAGUGUGACAUUGGUAUCCUUGUAAUCGAGGACAGAUUUUAAUGACAUGUUCAUGAGUUCAUGGGAGUGGUCCAUUUAUUAAAGCACUGCCAUAACUCAAUGUUUCAGGUGGGAUAUCAGAUAAGUGGUCUGCAGUGAUUUAUAUGUUUAGGAAUAUGACUCUCAUCUUUCUCUUGAUUCGUUCUGCGUUAGAUAGUGCCAUCAGAGUAUAUUUUAACAUCAACAUAUAUGGUACGAAUGAAAUGCUUGUCAGUGACUACACAAUUACAAGACUAUUCCACUCAUAACAUUCUGCAAUACUUUUCAAAGAAAUCUUUGAAUAAGUUAAACUGAGAGGGAAGACCUUUCUGUAUAUCAUUUAAAUGUCAUCAGUACAUCAAAAGACAAGUGCAAUGUACUUGAAUCAUGACUUCCUGCUCUGUAUUUAAUUUUUUUUCUUGGCUUGAUGUGGAAACAUUUUUACAGAAAAAUGUUUAUUCAGAAAAAGUAUUGAAAUGGAUAAAUAUAUUUAUAACAAUAUGUAAUUAGUGUGUGGCAUCUGCCUCACCAAUGUUGGAUAAGGACAUUUUCUCUUAGCAAAAGUCUUUAUGUACUGAGAUGUUCAUUUUUACGGAUGCUUUAUUAAUGAUGCAUGCAGCUCAGAAGCCAAGUAUACUUUGAAGAAAAGUAGAGGAAAAGGAAAAUGAAAUUAGCCUAGAAAAAUGUAUAGAGGAAAUAAACUGUAGGAUAUUAAGAUAGUUCUUGUUUAUCAGGAUGAUUCUGCUGCAUGGUAAAACUUCAGGAUGUAUUUGUUGAUGUGGCAUUAGGGAAUGAAGUGAAGAAGGCUGUGAAUGCUUCAAUUUUGAAGACCUAGAUCAUGUAGUUUUUUUUAGAAAAAGAUAUUGAAGGUAAUGGGGCAAAAAAUGAAUAACAUGAGUUGAGACAGAUGAGCUACAGUCUAAAUGAAUGGUGAAACAGGCACAACAGAUGACAAAAUAUAUUUCUGUUCCUGUUGGAAUCCUGUCACAUUUUGAAUAUUUUAUUCCCAGAUAUGACAUACUGUUGCUUUUGUCUAAUCAAAGUAGGAUCAUGGAUGGACAAGCAUGUAUAAGCCUACAGAAUAUCUUGGAGGAUAUACCUUCGUGAUAUACUGGUGUGAGCUCAGUUUGAUGCAUAGUGCAAAACGUCAUUGCAUGCUGAUUAGCCGUACACAAUUAACUUUUUUUACAGAGUGAGGACCAUGUACUACUUGCAAAGUACAAAAGACAGGGUUCAAUCAUGAUAAAUAGCACACUACCUUCUUAAGCUAAGACUAAUUUGGAGAUAGUUUGUUACAGUUCACUCAGGUAAUCUGAGUUGCUGCAGCAACAUGUAUUUUUCUAUGCAUGUCAUAGUCUGGAACAAUGGAAAGUGAUGAUAGAAGCUCUAACUUACUUUAUAUUACAUGUCUGGCCAGGAGUCUCUUCCAUUCUAAUACUUGUUAUUGACAUUGCUGGAAUGAUUUACGGAUUGGUGCUUAAACUGAAAACAACAAAUGCAAGAGAUUACAG